AUGGCGGGACGCUGGCUGCGACAGACGGCGUCGCCCGCUAGGCUGUUACUCGUCACUAGCAGAUGGCUCACCGCCCUGCCGGUUCUGAUGACGGCAUUCCUCAUGCUUCCGGGCACGUUCCUAUUUCCGAAUCGGCAUCGACCGACUACCCUCGGUGUUGCCAUGACUGAUCUGGCGAUGGUCUCGUAUCGCGGGAUCCCCUUUUCAGGUCUCCGCGACCAUGACGGGCCAGUGAUGCUAUUCGACCUCUACUGGUUUCCCAAUGCCUUCGGGUGGGAGUGCCCCUUUUGUCCCCCGCACAUCCAGAACGGGUGGUACGUCCAUCUCGGCGGCGUCAUCUACGCCGGCCCGCGCAUAUCGUUCGAUCCGGUGGCAUACAUGCGCCAAGCCGCAGAUGACAUGCAGAUGCCUAAUGUCAUAUACGACUGCGUACCCUUGAACGGCAAGGUUGGACAUGAAAAGUGCGACAACUCUUUUUUCCAGGCCUUCGCGGACAACUACGAGUCCCGAUACAAACUCAAAGUCGCUUGGGCGCGGUUCAUUUGCUCCAUCUUUGCCUUAUUUUACGGGUCUAUGGUGAUGCUGAACGAGUGGUCCAUUGCCUAUCAACCUCGUCGCAUGAAGUGUACCUGUCGCUGGCGGUGGCUGAAGAAAUUCUGUGCUUAUCCGAAAGGCACAGACGAAGAGAUGGAGGCUCUCGGUGAGAAUGCGUGGGAUCAUGUACGUCUUGGGGCAUACGGCAAGGCCUUUGUAUUCUUCUUCAUUUCCGCUUCCUACGAUCUCUGGUGCGCGAGGUCAUUCGUCAGUUAUCUUGCUGCGGUGGACGAAACUUUCCCGGACGAUCAACGCAUGAAUCCUCGUCUGGGGCGACCGUUCCUUUUCUUCUCUUGGGUCAACGUGGUCAUGGCGGGGGUUGCGACUCUCUUGAUUUUCAAAAGGCGACAGGUGACUGGAAACCCAAAAUACCGGGGAGAGCAGCUACAAGGCGACACCCUGGCCGAGGAGGCGCAACCUUUGCAUAGCAUAGAGCUAGGCGAUGAAGUAGAGCAAGGAUUUUCUGACGAGCAAGAUGAGGAUGGCGUUCUACAGACCUCAUCCAACAGGAUCAGGUUGUAG